GUGUGCGUGCGCACAUGUGCGCGUGUGCACAGAGCACGACUUCUCUCCAGUCAGUCGUCUGUGGACGCUUAGGUCACUUCCACGCCUUGGCCGCUGGAACGUGGGGUGCGGACGCCCCUCAACACAGUGCUCGCUUUCCUUCGGAUACAGUCUCCGUGGAAUCGCUGGGUCUCUCGGUUGGUUCUUUAUCAUAAGGCUGCUGAAAGUAAAGGUCUAUUUUUGACCUUCUGAGACAUUUUCUGUUUUUCCCAGUUUCAGAGGAUGGAGUCCCCUGGCCUGCGAUCGUAUCUGUUUUAUUGUUCAUUGUUUUCUGCUUCGUCAUUUGCUGCGUCAUUUGCUGCAACUAUAAGAAACUUAUUGGCAGAAUACGCCAACCUCUGUUCCGUUGCUUCUCUCAUGGAGCCGGUGACGCAGCAGCAAGCACGCUGCCUUCAAGCUCGGUGUCCUGCUCAUUGUUGCAAAUUUCGGACCAAAGUCCAGACUCUCCAGUCCCCACAAGUAACUCAGUGCUGCCUGAAGACACAGUGGAGAUGGUGUGUGAGGCCCCAACGCUCACCACGGCCCCAGAGAGCCCAGCAGGUGUCAAUGGCUUCCCCAACGGCUGCCACGGGGAAAGGAGGCGAGGCCCUGGACUGGUCACCACAGCCUGACCCUUCGACCCCCCGGGCCUGUGGCUCGGCCCGAAGCCCGGGGGGUCUGAGCAGCCACCUCGAGAGCGAUCGUCCGCAGUCGUGCGCCAGGCAGCGACCUUCCCUCGAUGACCCUAGGAUAGACCAGCAAGACUCCGAGGCCCUCAGCCCGGUGGCCCCCAAGGAACUAAAUGCUGCUAACAAUCUGUGA